ACACCCCCCAGCCCCCCACCUCCGCCCCCCCCUCUGGAUUUGGAGGCGCAGAGCGCCUUCUCGCACUGCAGCCCCACGGAACUGCUGCGGGCGGCGGUGGUGCUGCGGCUCUGCGCGGCGCCGCUCCUCGUACGGCACAGCCACACGCUUCUGGAGCUGUCCCGCCGCGCCGUGGGCCGCCGCGUGUGGGGGGCGCUGCUGAGGCGGACGCUCUACGCGCACUUCGUGGGCGGCGACAGCGCCCCCCUGUGGGCGGAGGCCGUGCGGCGCCUGCGGGCCGUGGGGAUCAGCCCCAUGCUGGCGCUGCCCAUGGAGCACCUCGGGGCCGCGCCGGGGGAGUCGUGGUUCGAGGAGAACCGUGGGGCGGCACUGCAAGGUGUGGGGCUGGCAGCCAGCUCGGGGCCCGGAGCCAUGAUGCAGCUGAAGGUGACCGCCAUGAUGGAGGCUGAGCUCUGUCAGGAGGUCUCGCAGCGCCUGGAGGAGCCCCAGAGUGAAUUCAGCGUCGAGAAAGUGAUGGCCGUCAUGGGGGGGCAGCUGCCCCAUAGCGACCUGCCCUCCCCCCCCCAGACGCCCUCCUUCUCAUGCCUCAGCCCGGAGCAGAACCAGGCGCUGGGGGCCGGACUGCGGCGCCUGGACCACGUGGCAGCCGCGGCGGUGGGCAGCGGUGUGGGGCUGCUGCUGGACGCGGAGCAGAGCGAGCUGGGCCCGGCCCUGCGCCUCUGGGCUAUGGGGCUGAUGGGGAGACACAACCGUGGGGUGACCCACAUCUGGCACACGCACCAGGCCUACCUGCAGGGCGCCGAGGAGCGCCUGCUGUCCGACCUGCAGUCCGCCCGCCGCAUGGGGGCGCCCUACGGCCUCAAGCUGGUGCGCGGCGCCUAUCUACACCACGAGCGCCGCACGGGGGCGCUGCAACCCAGCCGGGAGCACACGGACCGCAGCUACGCCGCGUGCCUGGAGCUGGCGCUGCAACACGUGACUGCCGGCCACGUGGCGCUGGUGGUGGCGACGCACAACGCGGGAUCGGUGCGCCACGCGGCGCGGAGGAUGGAGGAGCUGCGCAUCCCCCGGGACGGCCCCGUGUGCUUCGCGCAGCUGCAGGGGGUGGCGGAGCACCUCGGCUUGGCGCUGGGCCGUGCAGGGUUCCGUGCCCUCCGCUCCGUGCCAUACGGCCCCCCCGAGGCGGUGCUGCCCUACCUGGCCCGGCGGGCACAGGAGCACCCCGAGCUGCCGGGCAGCGCCCAGCAACGCGCUGCGCUCAGGGCUGAGCUGCGGCGGAGGCUGCUGCCGUGGGGGGGAUCGUAGGGGGGG